AUGACCAAGGCCAUGGGCAGUAUCGACUUUGAAGCAAUGAGGGAGCACACGACCACUGAGCCCGGCCUGGAUGUUGUCAACAAGCUUGAAAGGUCGAACACCGCCAGCAUCAAGCUGAUCGAGCUGGUCAACGGUGACGACAACCUACAGCGGAUCGUUGCCAACCUCAGCAAAAUGCGCAGGAAGACUGUCGACGACCGCAAGAAGCUCAUGGACAAGGUCAAGAAGGGGACCAAGAAGCAGCCCUCGGAGGAGACCAAGGAGAAGGCGUCCAACUACGGCAAGGAUCUCGUCAACGUAACCAAGGGCAUUGCCACGUCCGAGAGCCUGCGCAAGGUGCUUGCUGAUGCGUCCAAGCUGAUCAGCGACACCAUCAGGGGCAAGGAGUCUGUUCUUGGUGAAGGAGCCAAGGAUGCUGAGGCGCCCGAAAAGGAGAUGGACCAGAUCAAGAAGGAGCUCGGGAAGGCGGGCACCGAUGUCAGCAAGGAUGCCUACGACGCUGUCGCUCCGCUUGCGCAGAAGGUGCGUGAUGGCGAGAUGACCGCCGCCGCCGCCGCUGCCAUGAUUGCCUCCAGCUCCAAAGAGAAGCUAUCCGGGUUUAUCGCGAAGGGCAAGAAGAACCUGAGCAAGGAGCAGCUGAAGCCUCUGCUUAGCCGUCUGCGCGGUAUUAUUGUCGAGGCGCGCAAAGAUGACACUGUCCAAAAGUCGAUGGCCUCCAUGUCGAACCUGUACACCACCAUGUAUAUCAAGAGCAAGGCCAUGGCCAAGGACGCCAAGGGCUCUGUCAAGGACCAUGCAGCCAAGGAAGACAUGAUAGACACCCGCAAUCGCUUUGAGGAUGUGCUCAAGAACCUGGGAGCUGGGUACUCUGUGGUGCCCAUCUUCUCCGCGCUCAAGUUGCUGGGCAAGGACUACCACGAACGCGAGGACAUUCGUGAGCUCGUCGGUGACGCCAAGGAGUUUAGCAAGUGGGCCGUUGCGCUUGACCCUGAGGAGCUGUCGAUGGACGAGUUCACCGAGCGCGGGUCCAGCAUACUGAAUCGCAGUAGGGAGCUGCUUGAUCCCAAGUCCAGCGAGCAUUUUGACACUUUGUCCAACGAGUCCAAGGACUAUAUCGAGGCAGUCAAGAAGAACCCUGUCAUCGAGGAGUACACCGACUCGAUGAAGGCGCUGACGUAUGCGGUUAUUGGAAAGGGUCUCAAGGGCGACGCCUGGAGGAAGCACAUGAAGGCGCUGACCCAUGAAACCUUGGCCAAUUUGCCUGUCCUGGUGCAGUCGAUCCGCUACGUCCCGCUGCCGCGUAUUGCGGGGCAGAACAAGGAUCUGGAGUUUGCUGCCGACAACAUUGUGCUCGACCUGAAGCGCUUCGUCCCUGAGCAUAUGAGCUUCGACUCGCACACCGAGAAGCACGCGAUGAAGUCGCGCAUGGGAUUCGACAGCGAGCAGUUCUUCUACCACACGAUCACUGGUGCCAACUGUGUUGCCAAGAAUGUGGCCUUCUACGUCAAGAAGAAGACAGGCAUUCCGAGGAUUGCCGAGAAGGGCAUUGCCAACAUGGUCAUCGGUGGCCGUGGCAUGGAUAUCUCGGUCAAGACGCGCAUGCUGCAUACCAGCGAGAAGAAGGCGCAUUCGGGCAAGGGUGCCAAGUUGGCCAAGAAGCUCGAGGACCAUACCACCGAGCUCGACAGCAGCCGCACGUACCCUGAGCGCCAGUUCGACAUUGCCAAGGUCGCUGUCAAGAUCCACAGCCUUGAUGUCGAUGUGCGUCACAACAAGCACAACGUGCUGAGCGGUCUCGCUAUCCCGCUGGUUAUAUCGGUCGCCAAGAGGCAGAUCGAGCGCCAGAUCGCAAAGUCCAUCUCUGAUGCUAUCAUCCGCAGUGACAUGCUCAUCUCCAAAUAUGGGGAAGAGUCUCGCUACCAAGAGAAGUACGCUCAGCUGAAGGGCAAGGCCAAGACGACCAAGGACAAGGCCAAAGACGAGGCUGACAAGGCCAAGGAGAAGACCAAGGAGGCAGCUGAGAGUGCCAAAGCAGAUGUGAAGGAUAUGAAGGAUGCGAAGGAUAAGGGUGACAGCAACAGCCGGCCUGAUGAGGAUGGAAAGCCCAAGAGUGGUCCUGCUGACAAAGCGAAGGACAAGGCGAAGGGCGCUAUUGGUGACGCCAAGAACAAGGCGAAGGGUGCCAUGGACAAGGCAGAGGAUGCUAUGGACGAUGCCAAGGACAAGGCAAGAGGUGCUAUGGACGAUGCCAAGAACAAGGCAGAGGGUGUUAUGGACGACGCCAAGAACAAGGCGAGGGCCAAGGACAAGAAUGACGACAUGGCUGACAAGACCAAGCAGGCCAUGGCGGCCCGGCAUGACUCCUAUGAGGUCCCGCCUCCAACCAAGAACGCGGCACCUCUGCUGAUCAAAGAGUUCGUCUACCUUUCGCUGUAUUAG